AUGUCUCGUAACACAAAUCCGUUUGAAGACGAAAAUGUCAAUCCUACAGCUAAUGGACAGGCAUUGGCACCAGCUCCAUCGAAGAAAUCCUGGAUCCCGGCGGGCUUUGGAGGCAGCAUUAACCAUGGCGCCACCAUCGACAUCCCACUAUAUGAUCCGAGGAAGCGGGAGAAAGAGCUCUUAUCGUGGGAGGAGGAUUUGAAGAGGAGAGAGCGGGAUAUCAUACAAAGGGAGAAUACAAUGAACAGAGCCGGUGUCAUGGUCGAAGUGAAAAAUUGGCCACCGUUCUUCCCCAUCAUACAUCAUGAUAUAGCCAAUGAAAUACCCAUCCAUGCUCAAAAGUUGCAGUACUCAGCAUUUGCUAGUUGGCUAGGAAUUGUUGUCUGUCUCAGUUGGAAUGUCUUUGCAGUUUUAGUCGAAUCAAUUCACAUGGAAGAUAUUGUUCUUUUUCUCCUUGCCGUCAUCUAUGCAAUAUUUGGAUGUCCUCUUUCAUACAUACUAUGGUACAGGCCUCUGUACCAGGCCAUGAGAACCGAUAGCGUGGUGACCUUUGGCCAGUUUUUCAUCUUCUACUCGGUGCAUGUUGGAUUUUGUGUCAUUGCUGCAAUUGCUCCUCCAAUAAUAUUCAUGGGAAAAACUCUUACGGGAAUUCUUGUUGCUAUCGAUGUUUUAAGCGGAGAUAUGUUCGUCGGGGUACUGUAUCUAAUUGGAUUCAUAUUAUUUACUGCGGAAUCGCUUAUGAGUAUUUGGGUUCUUGAGGGAGUAUACAUGUAUUUCAGAGGGCAUAGGUGAAGAACUGACAAUGAGACAGUGAAAUCAUUGAAGACAACAGUUUCCCAAAUAAUCAAAUCAUUAUGUAAAACAGGAAGUCCAGGGUGAAUGACAAUGAACUGUUUCUGCUUAAUUUCUUGAGUUGUGUUGUAUGAUGAUCAAAGUUUUAUGUGAUACUGUAGUAUCAGGACCGAAUUGUUGGUGGCAAGAUUAGAAAAUAGCUAGCUUCCGUUUCUAGUAUUCGUAUGUAGAGGGGAAAUUGUUUUGAUGGUAUACUAGGAGUAUGACUCAGGAUAACAAAUAUUAUUUUCGUUAGGUGUUUCUGAAUCAACAGAA